ACAUACUACCAGUUUGAAUCAAGUCUCGUCUUCUGUCAAAUUUCAUUAAAAAUGUCAAUUUGCUAUGAGAAGUCGCAUUCGUGUUAGUUGUUGAAUAGAUUUUAUCAAUAAUCAAAGAUAUUAACAAUAUAAUGUGUGACAAUGGCCUCUGUAAAAGUGGCUGUAAGGGUGCGCCCAUUCAAUCAAAGAGAGAGAGAUAUGAACGCCAAACUCAUUGUACAGAUGGAAGGGAAGAAGACGAGGUUACUCACAGUAAAAAAUAGCAAAGAGCAGAAUGACGCGAACCGGGAGAAAUACAAGGAUUUCACGUUCGACCACUCAUACUGGAGCUACGACAGCGCUGACCCGCAGUACGCGUCGCAGGAACAGGUGUUCUCAGACCUGGGCCUGGACGUGAUCGACAGCGCCUUCGAGGGUUACAAUGCCUGCGUGUUCGCCUACGGACAGACGGGGAGCGGGAAGACCUUCACUAUGAUGGGAUCGCCCGACUCCCAAGGUCUGAUUCCCCGGAUAUGUCGUCAACUUUUCUCCCGGGUGGCGGCAGGCAAGGAGUCUGGCUCGUCCUACCGCACAGAAGUCAGCUACCUAGAAAUAUAUAACGAGCGUGUGAAGGAUCUGCUGGCUAGCGACGCCGGGCACUCGCUCAGGGUCCGCGAACACCCCAAGCUGGGACCCUAUGUUCAAGAUCUGUCCAAACACCUCGUGUCAGAUUAUGAUGACAUACAGGAGUGCAUGCACCGCGGCAACCUCCACCGCACGACAGCUUCCACUCAGAUGAACGACGUGUCGUCUCGCUCUCACGCUAUCUUCACCAUCACGUUCGUGCAGGCCGGGUAUCUCAGACACAACAACAUGCCCAGCGAAACAGUCUCCAAGGUCCACCUAGUCGACCUCGCCGGCAGCGAGCGCGCGGACGCUACGGGUGCUACUGGGCAGCGCCUGGUGGAGGGAGCACACAUCAACAAGUCUCUAGUGACCCUCGGCUCAGUCAUCUCCGCCCUCGCCGAGGCCGCGCACGCCGCACACACCGCCAACGACAGUCGAAGCAGCGUUAAGAAGAAAGUGUUCAUACCUUACCGGGACUCCGUGCUGACGUGGUUGUUGAAGGACUCGCUGGGGGGAAACUCCAAGACUAUCAUGAUAGCUGCUAUAUCCCCCGCGGACGUGAACUACGGUGAGACGCUGUCGACCCUGAGGUACGCUAACAGAGCCAAGAACAUCAUCAACAAGCCCACCAUCAACGAGGAUCCCAACGUGAAGCUCAUCAGGGAGCUCAGGGAGGAGAUCGACAAGCUCAGGAAACAGAUAUCACACAAUACGGAUCCCGUGGAGACCGAGCCGGACAUGCUGGCCACGCUCCAGCGGAAGGAGGCGCAGGAGAAGGUGCUCACCGAGAAGUGGACGGAGAAGUGGCGCGAGACGCAGCAGAUACUGCACGAGCAGAAGGCGCUGGGGCUGAGGAAGAGCGGCCUGGGGGUGGUGCUAGACUCCGACAUGCCCCACCUGGUGGGCAUCGACGACAACCUGCUCUCCACGGGCGUCACGCUCUACCAUCUCAAGGAGGGCGAGACGGUGAUCGGCAGCGCGGAGUAUUCCCCGGUGCCGGACAUCGUGUUGUCCGGGGCGGGGGUGCUGCCGCUGCACUGUCGGGUGUCGCUGAGGGAUGGCGUGGCCACCAUCAGCCCGGCGCCGGGGUCUCAGUGCUGGCUCAAUACCGUGCUGCUCGACCGACCCGCCAAGCUCAGUCAGGGGUGUAUCCUGCUGCUGGGCCGUACGAACAUGUUCCGGUACAACGACCCGGCGGAGGCCGCCAAGCUGCGGGAGGGCGGAGCGCCCAUCAACCUGUCCCGCCUGUCGCUGCUGUCCUGGUCCGCCACGGACCUGGCCGCCAGCACUGAGAACCUCAACACUACUAUAUCGGACCUAGAGAGUGAGAUCCGAUGUGAGCGGAUCGAGGCCCAGCGCGCCGAGCUGGAACGGGAGAGGCAGCAGUUCGAGCUGCAGCAGCAGGAGCGCCAGAGACGCUGGCACGCUGAGAGGGAACAGCUGCAGCUGGCACAGAAACAGCUGGAUGAGGAGCGGUCGGCCAUGGAGCGCGAGUACACGGCGGCGUGUCGCCGGCUGUCGGGCGAGUGGCGCUCCCUGGAGCGAGGCUGGGCGCUGCGGAGGCGGGCGCUGCGCUGCAGGCAGAGGGAGCUCGCCGCACGCGCCGCCAGCCACGCCGCCGCCGCCGCCAGCCACGCGCGGGCCAUUGAGAAGGAGGAACCGGAGAUCGCGGACAUACAGGAACGACUCGCCGAUGAGAAAGGGAAAUUUGAGGAGUUAUUGAGGAAUAAGAUUGAGGAGCUUGUGACGCAGGGAGUCAUAGACCAGAGCCUGGUGAGUCCUGUGGCGUGCUCGGAGUCGGCGGACAGCCUGCUCCAGCUGCUGCAGAGGAGCGCGCCCGACGACGGCCUCCAGAACAUUGUGGAUAAACAUAAGCGCGAGGUGGAGAAUCUAGAGCGGUCCCUGGCGGCGCGCACGGCGAGUGUGGCGGCUCACCGCUCCAGGGUGGACCGUCUGCAGCACGAGCUGGCCCUGCUGGCGGCCAGGAGCAGGGGCCUGGACGCCGCGCUCGCCGACGGCGCCGACGGGGCGGAAUCCCCGCCGCCGGGGGUGAAGCGGUCCAAGUCGGAGCUGGCGCUGCGGGCCAGGGUCGAGUCUGAACCGCUGUCGGCUGACGAACGGGAGAGCUUCCGGAAUAAGAGACUGAGCCUGAGCCUGAGUCUGGACCCGCUGCCGUCCUCCAGCUCGUUGUCCCCCGACACCUUCCACACGGCCACCUCGACCCCCAAAGACACGUUAUGGCCGACGCCCACCACGGAGGGCUCCACGCUGUCCAGUGACCGCGUCUCCGUGUCCAAGAGUCCUUCCAACUCGCCCCCCACCACCUCACCGCCCGUCCCUCGCUUCCGGUUGGGCCCCGCGGCUGACGACAGCGAUGACAUGUCCAGCACCGAGGACUACCACAAGCCCCGAAUAGUCGAGGGACAGUCGUCAUCGUCGGUGGAGCGCUCGCCCGAGGACAGACAUCGCUCUCGACACAGGCGAAGACUCAGCGACGGCAAGAACAGGCGACAAGUCACCGAAGCCGAGGCGCUGAGAGCGAUGCAGCGGCUGUGUGCGAGGAUCGCCUCGCAGAAGAUGCUGGUCAUCUCCUCGCUGGAGAACGACUGCUCCAAGGAAGAGCUCAACCGGCAGAUCGCUGUGCUCCAGGAGCUACAAAAGAAAUACGUACGCCUGGAGAUGGCGUUGCAGUACUCAUUCUUCGACGGGCAGCCGAAGAGAGCUAUCAUGGUGACGCCCAUACAGGAGACGCCCUCGCUCACCCUCAGCGAGAGUGACAUGCAGGUCACCACGGAGCCCGCCGCGGACCCCACCAACAAUAGAUUAAAAGAACCGGAAGUGGAAGCGUCAGACAAUGUAUCGACUUCCAACGACGAGCUUCCGGAGACCACGUGGUCGGAUCCUCUGCGAGCGCUGUCACACAAGAGUGACCACGACCACGGCCACGACACGGACUACUACAGCGACGACCAGAACCGGUAUAGACGGGAACAGAACAACAGACAGAACACGCAGAGCAUACAGAGUAUACCAUUAGCUAUACCGGACUACCCGCAGGAAGGUUUAAAUCACCCGAUUGAUUUCUCGGAGGUGGUGAGUAUAUCUGGCUGGGUGACCCGCGGUGCCGGGGCCCGCACGCAUCACGAGUACGAGGUCCGGGUCCGCCUGCCCGCCACGGCCUGGGCCUUGCUGAGGAGGUACAGGCGCUUCCGGGACCUGUACCUCGCCGCACGAGCGCUCUACGGGGAUAAGGUGGCGGCGAUCCCGUUCCCGGGCCGCGCGCUGUGGUCGUCGGAGUCCCUGGCUCGCUCCCGCCGCGUCCAGCUGGAGAGCUUCCUCCGCCGGCUGCUGACCGUGUGCUCCGCGGACCGCCGCUGUCCGCUACACGCCUCGCCGCUCACCAGGGACUCGCUGGUCGCCUUCUCGCCUUUCUUCAGGAAGGGCGUAUUCGAGAGCGGCAAGUGCGGCACGGGAUGAUGGCGCGCGGGGCCGGUGGCGCGCGCUCUGCGGCGUGACGUGCGGCGUCUGGCGCGCGGUCUGCUGGCCGUGCUGCUGCUGCUGCUGCGGUGCGCUGCGCUGCUGCUGCUGCUGUUGCUGCUGCUAGCCGCGCCCGCACGCCGGAGGUAGGCCGCCGGCCAUCACCUGUCCUGCUAUACUACAGACGUUGUAACAUGUCGAAUGAACCGAAAACUUUGCUGAGGUGGUUCGAUUCUGCUGAUGUCGCUGACCUCACAUCUCACUCGCGUAUACUUUAUAAGGUGCUGACACAAAACUAUGACGGCCUAGUAAUUGACGGCCGAUGGAGCGGCCCCGCGUGAUUGGACAUCCGUGAUACAUAUUUGAUAGUCGACUACGGGAUCACACGUCACAAAUUAUAUACGUUGAAUAUUUUAAUAUGAAGUAGACUAUAUAACGUUGUGUAACAGACGCCAGAGGUGGCAGAGGAUGUUUUAUAUGUAUGAAGAUUUUAUCAAACUGACGAGCUAGACGUGCCCUAACAGAGUUUAUUUUGAACCUCGUGCCUUAAUUGAAUAUAUAUAUAGCAUCGGAAACCUAAAAUAGUGUAACGAAUAUUAGUGACCGCUGUCAAAUCAUAAAUAUAUUUUUUGACUUCCCCUCUCUGACAGUUAGUAGAGAUUAGUCUUAAAAUACUAAAUAAAAUAUGUAGAGUGUAGAGCAAACGCAAACAUGAAUCACAUACUAGCAACAUUUCAUGUUUAACUAUUUUUCUAAAGUAAUGGCUGGCAUUUUGUUUUGAAUUCCCUUUAAAUGGACUUAUAAAUUCAUAAAGAUUCUCAUAUAUGUUUUACUAGAUAAAAAAGGUAUAUUUUUUUCUAAAAGAUAUCUGUAUGGACUGACAUUGUAAUGUCCUUUGUUCUCAUCUAUCCUUAUAGUCUAGACUGGCUGCAGACAAACGUAGCUAGAAACUUACUAAAUAGUUUGAAGUGAAACUUAAAUGUACAAACCUUCAAGUUCAAUGUAGAACAAAUUCCAACAUCGUUGCUUUAUUUUUAUACUAUUAUCUAUCUUAACACUUCGAUAGUAUUAUCUGAUUUUUAAUUUCCAGCAAGUAAUUAAGAAUUUUCUUACUUUGUAUAUUCUGUAAUUAUAUUUAUUACUAUUAUAUAUUAUCUGUGCAAUUUGGGACGACCCCAUUAGGUUAUCUGUUACUUUAGUUAUAUAGGUUAUGAAAAAAAUGAAGCGUUAUUUGUUGACGUUAAGUGAUUUCAUUAUUAUUGUGCUAUGUAUUUACUAAACGCAAUAUAAAGUCGACAAAAACGUUUAAGUUAUCCUGUAAUAAAUGUCCGAGUGGUAAGUAAGAACGCCUAUCGCAGUACUUGACGCCGCCGGCCCUCGAAAAUUAUUGAGUUAGGAUAUUUUUUUUCAUUAUAAAUAACUUAUAGGACAUAGUGUAAACUAACAAGUGUGCUACAAGGUAAACUUAACGACUAAUGAAGUGACGACAGAUUGGUAGAUGGAACUAGUUUUGUUUGUUGCUCGUAAUAAAAUUACUUGAUAUAUUCAAAACAUGUUCAAGACGAUGAAUGCUUAGUUUAAUUUGUAAAUAUAUGAAAGAGCUACUAUAGGUCUUAAUCUUGUGUAGUUGUUUUGAUAAUUUUAACUUCUAAGAUGUUUUCUGUGUCACACGAGAGGUCUGUGAGCCAAAUAAAUGUCUAGUUAUUAAUAAAACAGAAACGAAAUUGAUAAUGUUCCACCGAGCACAUCUCUGACGAUGACCUGUGACCGACACCGACACAUGAAAGUCAUGAAAUUUGUCUAACUGAACCUUGAAAGGCCCUCAUUACGUUAUUUUUGUCUGAUUUUUAUUAACUUAGUAAUCAUUUUAAACAUUACUAAGGUUGUGAUUGUUAUUGGACAGCACCGGCACAAAGAUGUAAUUAUUUUUGUAAGGAGAGGAUAGUUGAUGUUUCUCCGACCCUGUGUAAAUCUGUAUACAAAUGUUCCAUUAUUUUUAAUGAAAGUAUAUCUGAUUGCAGUAAUGCUGAGCUGUUAAUAUCCAAUCUAAGACUAGAAAAAGAUUUGGCUUAAAUUCCUGGAUAUCUAGCUUUUCAAAAAAAAAAAAAAGUCAAUUUUUAACAAACACAAUAUGCCUAAUUAUUAAAAUGUCUGAAUUUAAAAACAUUCUCGUUAUAAAGAUUUUUAUCCGAUAGUAUUAGUUUUUGGAAUGUUCAAAAUAUAUUUUUGUUUAGUACAAAUUUUAUCAUAUAUUUAAAAGUAGUUUAUAUAAAAUGAUAACUUAAAUUUGUAUCUGGACGUUCGCAGCAUGUUAGUGGUGACAUCAAGACGGAUUGAUAUUGAUUUUAACAUUCUCAAUAAUUAGAUUUUAUACCAAAAUUAAUUUAAUUUUAAGCAUUAUUAUAUAAUAUAAAAAAUAUAUUUAUUUUAGGUAUAAUUAAUAACAAAAUAUGUCCAGUAGUUUUAAUAUUUUAGUCAUACAAAUAUGGGUCUAAAGUAUUAUUUACAUCAUCUUUGCUGGUACCUCAUGUAAACAGGCCUCAUUAGUUUCGUGUUCAACGGACUGAACAUUCUUUCAAACAUUAACUUGCUCUAGUAUAACUUAAUUUUUAUAUUCAGAAGCAAAUUUACUUAAUUCUUUUUGUAUAUUAAUGUACUGUACUCCGGAUAUAUUUUAAAUAAUGUAUUUCUGGUGAGGAGCAGUGCUGCGAGGCCUUGAGUUGUGUAACUUCCUAAGAUAUCUAUAUUUAUAAGACAAUAUAUAUCAAGUUGUUGUCGGAUGAAAUUUUAAUAUUUGAAUAGUUAUUGGCAUAAUAGGAAAAGGAAUAGUUUUGUUAAGAAUAAAAUGCAAGCUGUUUU